UGAUCAUCUGCUACGCGGUGGCGCCAGCUCGGUGCAUGUCUCUCAACUUGGCCGUCAAAUAUGCCGACGUCAUACACUCCGUCGUGCUGCAGGACGAUUUCUUACCGAGAACUGCCACUCCAUUGGAAGAUAUAUUCAAGUCCUUAUUCUGUUUGCCAUGCUUGUUAUUUCUAGUGUGCUUGAGGGAUACCUUCAUACCUGAGGGUAAAAAGCUCAGAGAUCCUAGAAGGCUAUAUGCACCAGGUCGAAUGUAUCAUAUUGUUGAAAGAAAAUUCUGCAGAUGUGGGAGGUUUCCUCCAGAAGUAAGAACUGCCAUCCCUGUUGAUGGAAGAUUCGAGCAUAUUGUGUUAUCUUGCAAUGCCACAUCUGAUCAUGGAAUUAUUUGGAUAGAAAGAGAAUGUGAAAAGGCAUUAGAAAAACUGAAGGAGGCCAGAGCUGAGACGGUUGUCACAAAUGCCCCUCAGGUACAGAAAAUGGAAAGACUGCAGAGUAUUAAAAAGGAACACGAGGAUGCACUGGAAAGAGCGGUCAGUUUGAACAUACCCCAUGCGCUGCCUACAACCGAAGAAGAAGAGGUGGCAGAAUCCUCAGGGAACCACAAUGAAGGACCCCAGAUGGUGCAGAUGUUAGGCAUACCAGCAAAUUCUUCUUCUCAAAAGGAUGAAAAGAAAGGUGAAGAAUCAUCGCAAUUUAAGACUAAAACUAACUGGGAUGAGUUGGUUGAAAAGCUUUUCAAGAAAGAUGAAACGGGGAAGAUGCAAUUCAACAGAGAUUUUGUUAACCAAUGAUUGGUUUGGGAUGGUUGCCUGUGGCUUUUUUCAUUCUCUUUUUGUUCAGAUGAUUGCUCACGAUUGUUUGUUAAAUCAAUAUUUUUCUUCACGAUUCAUAAUUGUCACCAAGUGUGAAGGGUGACGGUGGUUCUAAAUGUAAAAAAGAAGGUUGUCGUGUGAUGAGAAAUAUUCUUUUAAAAAUUUAUAUUGAGUAUCAAUUUUCAAAUCGAUCAGUGAUAAAACUGUAAUGAUGUAAUCUACUCAAGGAUGGACCAGGCCCGGUCAAAUCGGGCCGUGGAUCGGCUCGGCCAGGGACUGUUUAGUACCGAA